AUGAAGGCGGCCCAGGCCGCGGGCGAGGAGGCGCCGCCAGGCGUGCGGUCCGCCAAGGUGGUCCUGGUGGGCGACGGUGGCUGCGGGAAGACGUCGUUGCUGAGGGUCUUCACCGAAGGGAACUUCCCCGAGAACUACACCCCCACAGUGUUUGAGCGGUACUCCGUCAAUCUGCAGAUAAAGGGCAAACCUGUGAACCUCCAGAUCUGGGACACGGCAGGGCAGGAAGACUACGACCGCCUGCGGCCCCUCUUCUACCCUGACGCCAGCGUCCUGCUGCUCUGCUUCGAUGUCACCAGCCCCCACAGCUUCAACAACGUCUUCGACCGGUGGUACCCGGAGAUGAGACACUUCUGCAAGAAGGCACCCAUCCUGGUCGUGGGCUGCAAGACGGACCUGCGCAAGGACAAGUCGCUGGUGAAGAAACUGCGGAAGAACAGGUCGGAACCGGUGACCUACUACAGGGGCCAGGAGAUGGCGCGCUCUGUGGGCGCGGUGGCCUACCUGGAGUGCUCAGCCCGGCUCCAUGACAACGUCCACGCGGUCUUCCAGGAGGCAGCGGAGGUGGCACUCAGUAGCCGCAGACGCAACUUCUGGCGGCGGAUUACCCAGAACCUCUGCGUGGUGACCUGA